UUCGUUCAAGAAUUAGGAAGCCAGUAGUGAUUGUACAUUUUUAUAAAAGUCUUGGUUUGUUGAAGAGAUGGAUGCUGAGGCAUUUCGAAAGAGAGGAAGAGAAGUUGUUGACUAUAUUGCUGACUAUAUGACCAACAUCAGAACGAGAAGGGUAACGCCUGAAGUAGAGCCAGGUUAUAUUAGAAAACUUCUACCAGCUACUGCUCCAAAAAAAGCUGAAGAGUGGGAGCAAGUUAUGAAAGAUAUAGAAAUGGCUUUAAUGCCAGGGAUUACACACUGGCAACAUCCAAACUUUCACGCGUACUUUCCAGCAGGAAAUUCUUAUCCUUCUAUUCUAGGGGAUAUGCUAUCAGACGCUAUAGGAUGCAUAGGAUUUUCAUGGGCGGCUAGUCCAGCAUGUACAGAGUUAGAGACACUUAUGUUGGACUGGGUUGGUAAGAUGAUCGGAUUGCCUAAACAGUUUUUACACACCAGUGGAAAAGGUGGCGGUGUUAUUCAGGGAUCAGCAAGUGAGAGUGUGUUGGUGGCUCUACUUUCAGCCAGACACCAUACCAUCAAGCUUUUAAAACAGAGUCAGCCAUACAUUGAAGACUAUCAAAUACUUUCUAGACUUGUAGGCUAUUGCUCUAAACUGGCUCAUUCGUGUGUAGAAAAAGCUGGCAUUAUUGGUUUUGUCAAAAUGAGACAUCUAGAUGUUGACAAUAAGUUUGCUCUUAGAGGCCAUGUUCUUGAGGAUGCUAUAGAGGAAGACAAAAAGCUUGGACUCAUUCCAUUCUUUGUGUGUGCAACUCUUGGAACAACUGCUUGUUGUUCUUUUGACAAUAUAUAUGAGCUUGGUGAAGUAGCAAAAAGGCAAGGUGUUUAUCUACACGUAGACGCAGCUUAUGCAGGGAAUGCUCUAAUAUGUCAAGAAUUUUGCUAUCUCAACGAAGGUAUCGAAAAUGUUGAUUCAUUUAGCUUCAACACAAAUAAAUGGUUACAAGUGAAUUUUGAUUGUUCUUUGAUGUGGGUGAAAAAUGUAGAUGAUUUGACGAAAGCACUCACUGUAGAUCCUCUCUACUUGCAGCACAAACACGGUGACAAAGCAAUUGAUUUAAGACAUUGGGGGAUUCCAUUAAGUCGAAGGUUUCGUGCACUAAAACUAUGGAUUGUCAUAAGAAUAUAUGGAGUUGAAGGAUUACAGAAACGAAUAAGAGAGCACUGUAGGCUUGCCAAGUUAUUUGCAACAAGAGUCCGGGCUGAUGAAAGAUUUGAAAUCCUAGGAGAAGUCACAAUGGGACUUGUCUGUUUCAGACUACUUGGACCGAAUUCCUUAACUCAGAGGCUCCUUAAAAAUAUUAAUGAUAGUGGCCAGCUUCAUAUGGUACCAGCAAUGUUAAAUGAGCAUUACAUUAUCAGAUUUGUUUUAUGCACUGAACAUGCCAAUGACAUGGAUAUACAUUUUGCGUGGAAUGUUAUAACUUCAGCAGCGUCUGAACUGUUAAAUCAAAGACUGUCUUCUACUAAAAUUGAGCACGGGUCUCGUCGUUUACAAGAUUUUGAAGAAGAUACCUUUGCAGCUUUUGACGAGGAAAUUGUAUUUGAUAAUCAAAGGGAACAUUUACAGAAAGCUCAGAUAAUGCGUAGCUUGUUUUUCAAAAUGGUCUCAGACCCCAAAUGCUACAAUCCAAGAGUUCUGAAAUCUCUAGGACGAGAUAAAAUACCAAGCCAACAGUCCUUUCCUGAAAGAGCCAUAAAGUGUAAUCAAGAAACCAGAGCUGAUCUAUUAGAAAAGUGUGAUGAAUAUAAAUCCAGACAUCCAAUAAAUCAUUUAGACAAAAUCGAUCUUUCUAAUAAGAAUGAACAAAAUAAAACCACCAGAGUCAACAUGGUUGAUCAGAGUUCAUCAAAUGAAAAUAAUGCAACAAAGUACUAGAAAAAUAUUAAAAGAGAAUUUAUAGAAACUACUAGUUAGCGGGUGUGUUAGUUAUGAUAGCAUACAAAACAAAUUGCUGAGUGAGAGUGCAAAUAAAAAUAAAUGAAAACAAAAGAUCUUUUGAAAUAAAAAAAAUAAUUUUAAUUUAGACAAACCCUCUUCGAAAUGAAAACCUAUAUUAUUAUUAUUAAUCCACAAUGCUAAAACGUUUGAAACAUUCGUAAGAGCAAUAAACUUUGAACACUGCACUGCAUUCUAUUACGAUAGUGUCAAAUUCAGUUCUCUUCAUACCGUUAGUAAUUGUAUUUGAAUGCUAACUGUUGUGAAAAAAAAGUCAAUUUAUCAAAAAGUAUAUCUCUGUUUUAUUAGACUAUAAUACUUGUUUUAUUUUUUGUAAUUGAUUGCAAAAUAGGUAAACAACUUUCUCUGUUAUUAUAUAAUGUACGUUGAUGAAUUUUAAAUUAUUCUAAGUGUUUUACGCUUAUUUAUACAGUAUAAUUUUAUUAUUAUUUUUUCGCAUUUAUUUCAUCUAAUUGUUUAUUCUGAGAAUUAUCCUAUCGAGCUAAAAAUUCGCACAUAAACUCUUGCUCCAAUAGUAUAAUGUCCCAUUUAUGUAACUAAGACUAAAUAAUAUGCCAUUGAAAAGUAAUAUAAAAAGAGAAAAUGAAUAUGCAAGGAAAAGAAUUGCAUUCUAUAGAGACAAUAAUGUUUAUCAAAUCUAUAUUAAUUAGAAUUGGCAGUAUUAUAUAAGAUAAGAUAAGAUAAUUAUGUGAAAAUUUCAAGUUUACUAUAUAAUUUGAACAUAAUAUAGGAUUUUAUGAAAACAUUUUCUUGGUUUUUAAAACGCAUAUUUGUGCAAUCUGUACUAUUUAUGAAUAAAAAAGAAGCAUCCACUGUGACAAGUGUUUAGUUCAGUGGAAUUUCGA